AUGCUCGGUAGUAUCAAGGAUGCCCUUCGACAGCUCGCUCAAGACGACGACGCCUAUACACUACCAAAGCAAGCAGAAAAACGACUCCUCGCUCACGUUCGCACCACCCUGAAGCGAUACGAAUGGCAGUUUCAUACGGGUAUCGACCUUGCUGAGCUGCUGGAUCCUUUCUUGCUCGCCAUCAACAUCGCAGAUGCGCGCAAGCACUAUGGCUCAGAGCUCAGCGCACCCAAACUCGAGCAUACCCAAUUCCCACCCCGCGAACACGAUCCUGACGAUUACCCACCCGACGAAGAACCCUGGGUUGCAGCGUUCUUCAGGCAAUGGGCGCUGGACUACGAGAAAGAGAACGGAGAGAUGAAGGAGGGCUGGGGUGUCUGGUCGAUGAAAGCAGAUGAUGAGGCAAGUUGGGAGUGGCCAUACAAGCGGAUACAGGCACACAAGACUGGCAAUGAUGGACAUGUUGAAUACCUUGUCAAAUGGGUAGGGCAGCGUCACUUGGCGUCUUGGGUCAAGAGGGAGCAGCUGGUUGUUGAGGCUCGCGACAUCUACGACAAGGCGCAUGGGGUAUCUCAUCGCUCGGAGGAGAAUGAUGAUUCGGAUACCUUCCAGUAA